UGACAUUGAAUGAUGUCAUUUGAUUGAUUGAUCAUCAUAUAUUUACAUCAACACAUUAGUCAGUUUAGAGUUGUUGAAACGUUUUUGAAUGUCACCAACUUCAUUAUCCUCAUCAGCAGCCGUUACAUCAUCAUGGCUAUCGAAACCAAUCAAAGGAUUAUUAUUGGAUAUAACCGGUGUUCUAUAUGAAAGUGGAACCUCCGUUGCAAUACCUGGCUCAGUGGAAGCUAUUUCAAAAUUACGCCAUGCUGGCUUACCAUUUCGAUUGGUAACAAAUGAAACACAGAAAAUUACGCCAAAAAUAAUUGAAAAAUUGAAUAAUUUUGGCUAUGAUUUUCAAAAACAUGAGAUUAUUACACCCGGAAUGAUUUGUUGCAAAUAUCUCCAUGACAAUGGUCUUCGACCUCAUUUUCUAAUCACUCCAAAUCUUGAACCAGAAUUUGAUGGUUUAGAUCGUAGUGAUCCAAAUUGUGUGGUAAUAGGUGAUGCUGAUCGUUAUUUUACAUUCGAAUCAAUGAACACUUGUUUUCGGCUUUUAAUGUCAUUGAAAGAACGUGAAUUGAAUCGAAAAAAAAAUUUAUUAAUAUCAUUAGGACGAAACAAAUAUUAUCGUGAACGUAAUGAAUUAAAAAUGGAUCUUGGUGGUUUUACCGUUGCAUUGGAAUAUGCAUGUGAUCUAGAAGCGUUGAUCAUUGGUAAACCAUCGGCCGAAUAUUUUCAAACAGCCAUUCAAACAUUCAUUGAUCCAUCAUCAUCAUCAUCAUUAUUAUGUAAAGAUAAUAUCAUUAUGAUUGGUGAUGAUAUUAUUGGCGAUGUACAAGGUGCACAGAAUUUCGGUAUUCGUGGAAUAUUAGUUCGUACCGGUAAAUAUAUGCCAAUUAAUGAAAAUCAUCCAAUCGUUCGUCCGGAUGGCAUUGUCGAUAAUCUAGCCGCUGCCGUUGAUCAAGUUCUUCAACAUAAUCAAAACAAUUAGUCACUUUACACAACCACAAUUCCGAAUGAGAUAUAGGAAAUUUAUAGAAAUUUCAGGGAAAAAAUAAAAAUUUUAUUUUGUCAAUUUA